GGCCGGUCGCAGUCGCGAGCAGGGCGGGCGAGGCGAGCGGUGUGGCGUCACCGUCCCGGCUGGCAGCGGCGGGUGAAGGCUGAAGCAUGGCGUUGUCCGUGCCGGUGAACGGGCUGAAGGAGGGCGACAAGGAGCCCGUCAUCGAGCUUUUCGUCAAGGCUGGCAGUGAUGGUGAAAGCAUAGGAAACUGUCCUUUUUCGCAGAGGCUGUUCAUGAUUCUUUGGCUGAAGGGAGUGGUGUUUAGUGUCACAACAGUUGAUCUGAAGAGAAAACCAGCAGACCUUCAAAAUUUGGCUCCAGGCACUCAUCCGCCCUUCAUAACUUACAAUGGUGAAGUGAAAACAGAUGUGAAUAAGAUUGAAGAGUUCCUGGAAGAUGUUUUGGCUCCACCCAAGUACCUAAAACUUUCACCAAAGCAUCCAGAAUCAAACACUGCUGGAAUGGAUAUAUUUGCCAAAUUUUCUGCAUUUAUCAAAAAUUCUAGACCAGAAGCUAAUGAAGCCUUAGAACGUGGCCUCUUGAAAACCCUUCAGAAACUGGAUGAGUAUCUGAACUCUCCUCUUCCUGAUGAGAUAGAUGAAAAUAGCAUGGAGGAUAUUACAGUUUCUACUCGCAAGUUUUUGGAUGGCAAUGAGAUGACAUUAGCAGACUGCAACCUGCUACCUAAACUACACAUUGUCAAGGUGGUGGCCAAAAAAUACCGCAACUUUGAGAUUCCCAAGGAAAUGACAGGGAUUUGGAGAUACCUGACGAAUGCUUAUAGCAGAGAUGAAUUCACCAAUACCUGUCCUGGAGACAAAGAAAUUGAAAUAGCUUACAGUGAUGUAGCCAAGAGACUCACUAAGUAAACAGCACUUGCAAAAGAGAUGACUUCUUGCAUAUUCCAUAACAUUGCUUCUAACAGACUGCUCUUUUCAUAUAAGAUAGCAAUUUUUUUUGCAUGAACUUGCAGUUAUUCAAAGUUAUGGUGGAUAGACCAGGUACAGUAAUUACCUAAAGUUUGCAGACUUAAUUAUAGGCUUGUUUUUCCUUACCUCCUUUCACAGCAAGUUUGAAUAUCAUUAAUGCAGUUACGUUAAUAUUGCACUGGGGUAACUAGAUUCUUUCAGUAUGAAGGGUUAUCUUGCCCCUAUUACUUUUCUUUGCGAACAUUUGGUCCCUGUCUACGAAUUGGUUUAGGAUACUGUUUUGCUAUAUGGUACAAGGAAUAUUUAUGUAUUUUGGAAUUUAUUGCUUUUCCAGAAGAUCUAUACACAGUUGUCGUAUCUGUCACAUGUUGAACUGUACCUGCUUGUCUAUCCUACUUACAUCUAUAUGUAAGGGAACUUAUUAUCCAAAAGAGCCAUUUGCAGAAUAUUUGGCAACAAUUUUUAAAAAAAAAUAUUCUCUUGGAUUUGAAAUCACAGUAACGGUUGAGAAUGAACUCAAAUGUGAAACUUGGAUUUGAAUGACCUCAGACAUCAGGGAAGUUUGAAUCUAGCCUUGAGCGCUAUAGCAGGAAGCUUGCAGUUCAGAGUUAGUAUUUAGUUGUGUCUUCAAGAGCUGGACGAGAUCAAAAAAAAAAACCCCAAUUUUUUUUUUUUUAAAUUGGCAACAACCUACAUUUGUCCCAAAUUCUGAGUUGCAGCAAACGAAUAAUUGUCAGGAUGCUCUUUACCAUUGUGAAACCAGAAGAACUGGAUGCUUGCCAUCUGUUCACCUUAAAAAUUGCAAGUGGCUUUCUUUUUGGUAGUUAAGAGCCUUUAUUUUGUAUAGGUCUUUCUGGUGAUAUUUACUUACAAAAUCUGUGCUCUCAUAAACAAAGUACAUGUAAACGUUAGUGUCCUAGUUGGUAAAUAGCUACUGAAUAUGGUGAAUAGCAGUGCAAUGAUUAGUGAUGCAAGACUGACACUGAUAGUUGUUAAAGUGGGAGUCUUUUGGGGAACUUUUUUAAGCUAUUUCUUUCCUGAAGAAAGCUAAAGUGACCUUUAACAUUUGCCUUAAAUUAUAGUAUGCAUUUUUUCCUGAAAGGAAAUCUAUUAAUUACUCUUGUAAAGAAAUGGUGUUUGAAAUCCAAUCCUUUACAUUAAAUUUAUCCUAAUUGCUUGUCUGUGCACCAGGACUGCAAUUUUGCAUAAUCAUAAUCAUUGCACUACUAUACAUAAUCUUUUUACAGCAACACUGAGGAAUAGCACUGCAAUUUUUUUAAAAGCAAUUUUCAAAUAUUUCUAAACCAGGGAAUAGUUUUCUUGUUUAAAAUUAAUGACUUUGCAUGAAAUAAACCGCUAGGUUAUUUUUAAAAGACCAUCAUAAACAACUCCAAAGAAUGCUAGACUUAUAUGCCUAUUUUUUUUGUAAAGAUACUUUUCUAUUUAACUGAUUUUAGAAGCUGGAAAGUGCUAUUCCUGGUAGGUUGUUCUUGGAAUAUUUAACAUUCUGCAAUAACAUGGAAAUGCUCACAUAAACACUUUUAUACACUAAUUUUUUUGGUAAGCACUGGCUUUAUGAAAACCAGCCUGACUUUUCUAAGCAUCCUGCUUUUGCUACUUUAUAUACCCAUGAAGUUAGUUUGACAUAGCAGCAGUAGAGUAAAAAAAACCCAUAUUUGUGUACAUGGCUUGUGGUGCCUUGUCUUGCCUUCCUAGAGCUAGAACUCCAAUAUAAAGGCAGUUAGCAAUCCUGUUACAUGUCUUUUGAAGACAAGCAUAGAUACACUUAGACCUUGUUAUGAUUUAUUACAGAGGUGUUUAGGGACAGAAAGAAAAUUCUGCAGAGCGACCUGGUUAGGAAAAACUUAACUGUAGCCUUUUAAUAAUUACUGUAUUUUAGUAUCACAUUCUCACCCUGAAUAAAGUUUCUCAGCCAUAAUAAUCCUCUGUAGGGAUUCAGUCUUUGCUACAAUGUGACAUCUAGAAAAAGGAAUGACUUCCUUUUUUGUUAGAGAACAACAUUUUUAAUGACACAUAGGGUAAAAACCCAACAACCCUCAUUGGUUUGGUGCUCUUUGCCAUCGUAUAGUUAACCCUUAAAAACAAAAGUAUAGGAAGCAAUGUGAUUGUGGGCAUAGCUUUGUUAAAUUUUUAACUCUGCUUUAUAACCUAGAUCAGGAUGGCCCUUGGAAGUUGUCUGAGGUUGUAGCAAUGGGGCCUUGCUCCUUCUUUUAAAAGCAAAUUAGCCAUUGCGUGCACACUUCAGUACACCAGGCAAUUACAUGCAUAAGAGCAUGAAAACACUUUCAUGCAGUUUACUAGUGCGCGCUGCCUGCAUAUCAAUGCACACAAAUACUUCACUUGUUAAAAUACCAGGCUUGUUGUCUUUUAUAGAUAAUAUAUUCUCUCUACUUUUUAGGCAAUCUUCAGACAAUUGUAAUACAUUAUAUUCAGCAUUAAGUAUUUUAAUGAUUGUGUCUGAAAGCUUGUAAACAAAGUUAAAGCUCUUGCUGUAACUAAUGGAUUUCUUAUCUCAGUACAAUGGAGUAUUGAGCGUCGGAGCCUUUCCCUUAGAGGUGUAAUUCAAAUGAGGACCAGGUUAGCAAUUUCUAAGGCGGUUAUCAUAUGAUAGCUGUUAACUGUCCUGUGUGAAAGGAGUUGGUAUCUUUUAGGCUUCCUAUUUUGUUGUGUUGUGGCAGGAGCUGGCCAGGCUCUUGCUGGCUUCAGCAGAGGCCGGGAAUCUAAUGGAGAGCCAGCAGCUUUCACCUCUGGAGGUGAUCCCUUCAGAAGAGCAGAGUGUAGCUAGGGUGGUGUGUAAAAGGCUUAGCGUCUGGUGUGGGUAGAGCACUUUCAUCUGGCCCCAAUCACCAGCGCUACAUUAAUUAAAAAAGCCCUUUCAUAACUAUGUAAAUUCUUGACUUCUGUCAACUUGUUUACAAUCUGAUCUUUGAAUGCAUUUUUAAUUUCAUCAAACAGCAAUUAAUCUACCCCCUGUUUAAAUUUAAAAUGAUGCUUCUAGCCCCUUCUACAAUUUAAAAACAGCAGUUACCCUUUCAAGUAGGCAUUCCAGUUUGCAAGUUGGUUGCAUGUAUUAGCAUGCUGAAUAACUUACUUUAUUCUCAAGCUGAAAUAUGCUUAAAUUCCUAUUAAAACAGGUGACUUAUGUAUUUCCUGAACAUAAAGGGAAAAUCCAUCAUCUUCACCCUGGUUUUGUGUGGGAGAACAGAUAAUAGUAUAUGCAUGAUUUUUUUUUUCCCCCUUUAACAAAGCUUUCCUUCUUGAAGAGAUUCCUUAUGUGUAAGAGCUGCCUGUUGAACAGGAGGCAUGUGAACUUCUGAAACGAUUUCACGCACUCCAGUGCUUUCCUGUCCAUCUACUGUUCACUGCUGGUUUGUGUAAAUGUCCCACACGGACAGUCACAGCCAUGUAGCUUGUACGUUUACAUUUUCCCAUAAAAUUGAUGUUUUUUCCGCAAUGGGCAUGUCUAAACUGAUUGAGAGUUGCAGUUCCAUGAUAAGAAGAGAGAUGUAAUCAAGUUUUUAUGCUAAAGUAGCAAAUUAGCAUUUCGUAUCAAAGGAACACAGACAUGAAUAAAUUGAAGAUGCUUGAGCCAAACCCACUGAUGCCUAUCUCAAUGUAGAACAAAAAGUGGCUAAGUACAGUCAACUUUUUUUUUUACUCUUUGCCACUCAGAGUACUAUCUGAGCACAUCCAAUUAAUAUUUUUAGAAGAAGGCUUUAUCCCAAGUGAAAAAUAUUUAAUCUGCCUCAGAACCUGUGCCACCAACUAUUACAUUUUGUUUCUGGAGGGAGUGGGAGGGAUGGGAGAAUAGUGGAGCAGAACAGGAUAUCGAGACUCCCAAGACAGGACAUCAAGAAUUGGAGCAUUGUGUGUAGAAAUACUUGAAGAGUUGAUAGAAUUUAUUGUAGUUUGCUUAUGUCUUUCACUCUCUGGAACAUCUUUUACAGAUAUACCAGUAUACUGCUGGCAGCUAUUGUUAAAAAUAAAAUUAUAUUUUCACUACCAA